UUGCAUAACUGUGCUAACGACCAAUUAGUUGAGUUGAGUACUUAAUUGGAUUUUACCUAUCUGAAGGUAUGCAUUGGUUAACAACUCUUAAAACUGUUCCAUACAUAAACCCAGUCUGAAAACAGCAGAACAUUACAGUCAUAAACAAUAUCGAAACGUAAUGUUGCGUUACAUUAUCUCCCAGACCUUACUUUUAUUCCUCACGAAAAUCAUGAACUUACCUGAAGUUUCACCCUUCCAACCAUUUUCCAAGGAAGAGCAGUUGACAAGGAUCAAGAAAAUGAACGAAGAAGUGGAACCAUUCCGCAAGAAUCUCACCGAUUGCGCACACCAGGUCAAAGCGAAAGCGACAGAUGUGGAGGAUUUCCUGAAAAGAAUACCACAGUCAACUGCUCAAGGGAAAUGCUUCGUCGCGUGCAUUCUCAAAAGAAACGAGUUGAUAAAAAACAACAAAAUACAGAAGGAAAGCCUCAUAGAAGUUAAUCGGGCAGUGUAUGGAGACGACAGCGAGGUCAUGGCCCGCCUGAAGACAGCCAUAAUUGAAUGCGAAGAGGUGGUAUUCGACAUAUUUGAGAUUUGCGAGUAUGCAUCCAUGUUUAAUGACUGUAUGCAUAUGAAAAUGGAACAUAUUCUCGACAAAGUGACUAUGGAUAGGAGGAUGAAAGCCCUCGGACAGAUGGCAUCGGCUGACGCUUAUACGGACGAUUGGACUGAACAUGACGAUGAAAUAUUACAAUUGCUUAAAGACGAACUAUAAAUUAGGUACUUACUUACUUAUUGGUUUUUAUUCUACCUCUCGUUGCGUAUAACCAUAGAAUAACAAGCACAGUAGUAGGUACUAGUCUAGUAUACUCGUUAUUCUAUGGUAAGUAUAACAUACAGGUUUUGAAAAAUUUGUUAGUACCUACCUACUUAAGUAAGAAACUAUACCUACCUAGUACUUAAGUCAAAAGGGGGUGAUUCGUUAUGUCAGUUUGUUUCAUAGGGGUUGAGAAGAAGAAAGUUUCCUAUGGUUUUCUUUCAUAAA